CAAUGCCACUUCGCCACCAUAAACGGGCAAUCACAGCACCGUUAUCGGAGAGCGUGCGUGUGCACGAGCGCAGUCCUGCCACUGCUCUUCAAAACACUGGCGAGACCUGGGCGAGCAUGCGCACAGUACAAUGUUCUAGUUUCAUUCACACACAAAGCGACGCAAAUAUCAGCUUGAUUUUUUAUUUUUUUAUUUUUUUAUUUUUUCACAGUUUUUUGACGAUAAAGACCACGCGAGCGUUUUUGCAUUACUUUUUUCGUCGUUCCACUGGCGACGUUUUACGGUUUUCCGAGAGCACGAGCCAAACAAUGAAGAAACGUUAUGCGGACGUUAGCAAGCCACGGAAGAUGAAAAAGGCGAGGAUAUCCGAGCGGAUUUCUGAAAGCGCUUAUACAUUCCUGAAGUUUGUGAUGGUGUGGAUCCUGGUGCUCUUGGCGGACUUUAUUCUGGAGUUCAGAUUUGAGUACCUGUGGCCAUGCUGGCUGUUUUUUGGGAGCGUGUACAGUACCUUCCAUUGCCAUGGUCUGGUUAUUUGCAUGGUGUUUGUGUGUGCCGCGUUCACUCUUGAUGUUUUCUGUUUGAUCUUUGUACCUCUGCACUGGCUGUUCCUCGCGGCAAGCACCUACGUCCUGUUCAACUACAUCUGGCACACAGAGAAAGGGCUCUGCAUGUCCACGGUGUCGCUCUGGAUCCUGCUGGUGUACACUGAGGCUCUGCUCAGGUUCAAAGACCUGAGGAACUCUCACGCCAACCUAUCACACCUGUUUGCUGCUCACUGCAUUGGCUACCCGGUGGUGUACCUGGGCUUCGAUGCGACGUGUUACCUCAGCAGUGUGGUGAAGCUGCGCACGCAGCGAGUCGUCCGCAGCGAGAACGACUUUCACAUGCGGCUGCUGCAGCAGUCUCUGCCGACCACCCUGCAGCUCUACCCCAAGUGUGUGACAGAGGGCAAGGAAGGUUCCAAGUGGAGGGUGAAGGCCGAUUUGGGACAGUAUCAGUGCCAGGGCGGGACCCUGCCGUCCGAUGAGGGGGGUGUCCUGGACUGUCUCCAGAUCGGAGGGUCUCAGAGGAGGACAGACGGGGAACUGGAGGAGGGGAGGGUGGGCGGGGCUGGCCCCCUGGGGGUGGAGUCUGAGCCCAGGGAGAACCUGCGGGGGGGUGGGGCAGGGCUGGCCGACGUCCCCUGUGCCCUGGAGGGCGUGGCCCUUGAGGAGCAGGGCGCCAAACCCCCCAAAACCUCCAAGCUGCCCUCCCCCCGCGUGCGCCGGCCGCCCAAUGGCAUCAGCAGCUUGCCUUCCACCAGGCCCGACAGGAAGCAGAAGGGCGGAGCCAAAACCACCAGCCCCAACAGAGAAACACUGGACAGGAGCUCCACAGCCGCUCAGAGCUUUCACUCUGACCAGAUCACCAAGUUACAGCAGGAUCUGCGCAGGCUGAAGGCAGAACUGCAGGCCAGCAGGCAGACGGAGCAGGAGCUGCGCAGCCACGUCUGCAACCUCACCAACAGCGAGCGGAGCCUUCGACCGGAACUGUCCCUGCUGCGCCAGGCCAACCAGCUGCUGCAGAGCAAGAUUCUGUGUCUGGUGAAGAGCAAACAGAAGGACAAACAGGCGAGUGCUGUGCUGGAGAAGAAGGUGAGGGUGGAGGUGGAGGCGCGCUCAGCUGCUGAAAAACAGCUCACGGAAAUCCAGUCCCGCAAGCUGGACGAGCCGUCUGCCCUGCCACAUACCACCAUGCUGCCCGCACACAGGCAGGAUCAUUCAGAGAUGCAGGCAUUAAAGAGAAAAGCUAAAGAACUAGAGACAGAAUUCUCACAUCUGCAGCAGGAGUAUCAGAGGAAAGAGGGUCAAACUGUAGCACUAGAAAAGGAAGUGGAGGUGCUGUGUAAACAGAAGGGGACGGGGCAGGAGGCGGAGCUGCUUCUCUCCGCCCUCUCUGCAUUGCAGGAUAAGACUCAGCAUCUGGAGUAUAAUCUAAGCGCCGAGACACGCAUCAAACUGGACCUGUUCUCCGCGCUCGGCCACACCCGCCGCCAGCUGGAGAUAGCGCAAGGAACAGUAAUGAAACAGGACCAGGAGAUUGGAGAGAUGAAGCAGAAGAUAGCGGAGGUGAUGGCUGUCAUGCCAGGAGUCACGUAUGCCGCCCCGCCCCCCAUCGUGCCGCAGUAUCUCACAAAGUUCCCCAACGUCGCCCCCUGCAGGCUGGAGCCUGGCGCGCUCAUGUACCAGUGUCUGAAAAAGUAGCCCCGCGGACGAGAGCCAACAGCAGCCUUUUUAAAUCAUCGAACAGACAGACACGAACAGCGGGAAAACGAGGACAGACAGACAGACGGACACGUCUGAGAGACGGACGGCGGGAGGCUCUCUCCGGCACGCUGGCUCUCCAUUGGCUGGGAGCGGAGUCAGUGGUGCGGUGCGGUGCGGACGCGGUUUUCGUCGGCGCGCUACAGGCUAACGGCUCUGCGCAGACACAGACAGACUCAGAGCCGGUCAGCUCCUCCACAUCCUGAGCGAGUAUGCAGGCCAGAUUCAGCACUGGGGGGCCAGAUUCAGCACUGGGGGGACAGAUUCAGCACUGGGGGGACAGAUUCAGCACUGGGGGGACAGAUUCAGCACUGGGGGGUACACCUUUCCGCUAAGCCCCCCCCCCCCCCAGAAAAAGACUCAACUUUAUUCAUAUGUUCUUUUGACUAUAAUUAUGGAAUAAGACACAAUAUGUCAGGAAUGUGCCAUAUAUUUAAAUAUUUUCAUUAUUGCCAUUUUCUUACAUAUACUCACAGGCCUAAUUCUGUCUGACAAUAAUUGGCUUGUUUUAAUAUGAUUAACCGCAUUUUAGACCAUUAGUGCAUACAAGUGUCCGAUAUUUAAAACAUCAGUGAUCACGGAGGGCUGUUGUUUGAUGUGCAUUCAUAUUGCAUAAAAUCCACAGUGUUGCUUGAACAUGUUGUCAUUGGCAACUUAAACCUGUGCCUGAAAUUUAGAAUGUGUAAUAUACAAUACAUUUGAUAAAAAUGGCAAUAUGUUUUAUUUAUGACAUGUUUUGAAAUAUUAAUAUUUAAUGUAAACCUCUGAUAUGUUUCACAUCCUGGUCUGAGGCCCAGCCCUGAGGCCAGGAUGCAGAGAGAGGUGUUUAUAUGAAUCAAGCUGUGAAGUUCAGAUUAGUUCAAAGGCUGUGGCUGCACACCUAUCUAUCUCAUAGUCUAACAGUGGUUUUAAAUUUAUCCAUGUUGAUGAAAAUCAUAUUUAAAAGAACAAGAUUCAUUUUUAGUGAUAUAUAAUAAGAUUUUUGGUAGUUCAUCUAUGUAUUGAUCAUACAAUUAUGCAAUAAUGACUAAUCAGAUUUUGAAAAAAUGCUUUGCUUCAAGAUGCAAUGAACCCAUGACAAAACUCUGUUUUGCUGAUUCUAACGGGUUUCAGAUGUAACACAGAGGAUCUGUGCAGCGCAGCCGAAUUUGAACUUUAAAAUGUUUACGAGUGUUAUGAAGAAGAAAAAGACCGUAGACACAGAAAACCUCUCCAGAUUUGCCUCCAUCCAUUUAAAAACACAUUUGUUUAGUCUUUGUGUAAGAUCCAUGUUUUGAAGCAGUGAGGUGAUAUGUAUUCUGCAAACAUACAGACUCUGCCGCUGUUCUUCGCCAGCUUUAUUUUCGUUCUUUUACCUUCUGCCGAGUCUGAUUACAGGUGAGGCAGGGAAAGAGCUUGUUCCUGUGGGCGUCGGCCGUUUGAAGUCACAGGUGACGUACCUGUCACUGUAGGCUAUGUGUGCACGCUCGCCUGGCUGUGACUUCUGUGCUCGGGUUUGACAGAUUUGGGUCAGUUGACUUUUAGGGUUGGGGGUAUAGGGGGGGGGGUUAUUAAUUCUGAAAGCAGACUCCUUCCAUCUCUUUCAAACUGUUCUUCCUCUCUCAUUUCCCUGUAUUCGCAGACAGCUAGUUUUCAUAUUUAGCAGACAGCUCUGUUUUUGUAGGAAGUGAUGUUAUAGACAGUGUUUCCUUCUAUAAACAACCAUGUCAAAGUCAGCCACAGCAGAUUAUGCACAUUAGUUAUGGAAUACGAUACUUCCCCCACAUCCCUCCACACCCCCCCCCCCCCUCCCAUUUUCAUGUUUUAAGUGUUUAUUUUAAAUGGCAAACAGUAUUCAAGGUGACUUAAGAACAGGUGAGGUGACAGCAGGCGCCAUGCGACUGUGCUGGUUGCUGGAGCGUGUAGCGUCCAGUGGUACUGGUGAGGCUGUGGGCUGAGUGAGGAAGUGUGGAACACACUGAGGCGACGGGUUUAUGGGGGAGUGUGCAGAUCACAACCCGCAGGCCUCAGUGAGUCCCAGCUGUGAAGCACAGAUCCUGAGUGAGGAUUGCUGUGCGGCCAUUUUGUUUCAGCCUGUGAGACGUUUCAACACCUCGACAGUUAUUUGAAUUGAUAGCACGGUGGAAUGGUGUACAGGUACGUGUUUGUGUUGUGUUGUACCGAUCAGAGACAGCACAGUGGAAUGGUUUUGAAGUAUGUGUUUGUGUUGUGUUGCUCUGAUGGGAGACAGAAUGGUAGAAUGGUUUAAAGGUAGUGUUUGUGUUGUGUUGUACCAAUCAGAGACAGCACAGUGGAAUGGUUUUGAAGUACGUGUUUGUGUUGUGUUGCUCUGAUGGGAGACAGAACGGUAGAAUGGUUUAAAGGUAGUGUUUGUGCUGUGUUGUACUGAUCAGAGACAGAGGAAGGAAGAGGAAGAGACUGAGACACAGGCAGGAGGAGAGAGAGAGAUUUUCACAGACAGCAGUGGCGCCAGUCUAUGGGUGGGGCUCAGACAACAAACAGCUGAUUGCAGUGGGGAAAAUACCAUUCUAAUCUGAACACUGAAUACAACAGUCUUCUUAAGAAUUUGAAUUUUGAAUCGAUUUAGCAUUUUUAUGUCACUUUUUUGUUGUUUUAUGUUUCAAGUUUUCAAGUUUAUUUAUAUUUAUAUAGCACCUUUCAUGCAAAAAGCAGCUCAAAGUGCUGUACAAUGGCUUCGUUGACCUUUGUAUAUUUAACCGCAGGUAGUCAUUACUUUCACUAAAAUUUUGGUCAGAUUUUGCUGUGGGUAUUUAUUUCCCCCUGCAGAGUAAAAUGUCAGUGUUAAAUCAGCUCUUCCAUACGGCCCCUGUGGGACUCUAUGUGCUCUGUUAGGGCUGAAUUAGGACUGGAUGUUUUACACUGGAGCGUGUCUGCAUGUUCCAUGACUUUGUGCUGGGUUUGCUGGAUAUUUUAAACACAACAGAUGUCUGAACUACUGUUAUGUCUUGCAUUGCCCAAAAAAUGGAUCAUAUUCACAGAGAUCAUAUUCACUAUAUAAUAUUGUCAGUUUUUUUUUUUUUUUUUUUUAGCUUUGUCUGCGCUGUGACAUCAUUCAGUGUUACCAGACAGGCCGAAAUAUACAACCCAAUGUACAGGUACCUAUCAGCCCGUAUGACAAAUGCAGUCUUAGUCCAAUCCAGCUAUUCUGCGUCCGUGAAAGAGAUGUACACAUUAUUCCUUAGUUCAACACUCACAUUUUGAGUGUUAUAUUUACACAACCAAAAAAAGGAAAAAAACACUCUAAAAACUAUAAGUGUGCCGUCAUCCUGUCCUCUUUUUUCCAUAAUUAUGUACGUAAAACUACGGGGUCUGUUGCUGUGUGUGGUGAUAACAGCUUGUCUUGUUCUUAAAGGAAAAUGGCUCAUAAAAGCAGGAAGAUAAUUGUAAUUGGAAGGUUAUGAAGAGGAGAUAUGCAGAUGGGGGGGGGGGUUAUUUACCUGUCUGCAGGUAUCAGAGGCAGCUGUGCUCCGAGACUCUGGGUCAGGCAGCUACAGCCUCCUCCUGCACUCAGGACCCACUCUGACGGACUCCUGUCUGUGCCACAGGUAACGUCCUUUUAUGUGAGGUGCUCAAUUUUUUUACUCUUUUCUUAUAAUGUUCUUUUUUAAAAAACAAAAAUAAAAAAAAAGUAUUGUGGAAAAAUGUACCUGCAAUUAUUUGUAAAAUAAUAUUUACAAUUUUAUUCAAUUGUUGUAAUUGUUUUGGUAGUUUUUUUAUUUAUCAGUGUUUAAAGUAAAGGCGUUUUGUAUAUUUAAAAUAAUAUUUUUCAUGCUUGAUGUUCAAUUCAUAUAAAUGCUUUUCUUAUUAUUUUUAUAUGUCCACGUUUCUGCUGUAUGAGGACCUGGAUGUAUCUUUUCACCUGUGAUGUGAUGUAACUCUGGUUGCACUUUCUGUGAAAGGUUCUGCAUAAAAACUACCAAAUGCCUUCAUAAGCCCUACAUAGGCAUUCAUAACCAUGCAUGAGUAUUAAGUAUAGUUAUUGUACCACGUAAGAGAUCAGCCUGGUGCCAAAUUCUGUUUCACAAGUGAAAUAUGAAUAAACAUCAAACACAUACCAAUCAGCAAAGACAGCCAUGGAGUUUACUCCAUCUGUGACACAAGCAUCCAUGACAUACAGGUCUGUUAUAUGUGAUGGGCAACACACCCCAAUGAUGAUCUGUGUUCUUAUGAAUGCUCAUAUGGAGGUUAUGAAGGCUUAUGAAGGCAUUACACUUAUACCAGGACUGGAUCAAAUAUCCAUUUUAAAUACUUUGAUGAGAUGCUGGUAAAACAUCCUUGUAGAUCCCUGAGAAUUUUAUAAACAAAACAUGUUACUAACCAAAACAUACAGCUUUCUAAAAGAAUAAUUUUUGUUCUGAAUAUUGGUGGAAAUAGUUAGAUUUGGAUUAAUUUUACUGUUGUGUAAAGGCUUAAGGGUCAUUCCAGAGGUUAUUUGACACAGGCCUGGUUCUUACAGAGGACCUUCCAUAGAAACAGUCACCCUCAUGUGUAGUAUAGCGUUCUGACAUUACUGUAAGGGCUUCUGGCUUUUUGUCCACACCUUUUGGGAACAAAUGCCAAUAAAACAUUUUCCAAACCACCGGC